AGCCUGCGGCCAAGGUGUGCUGCGGCUGCUCAAGAGUAGGUCGUUACUGUCGAGAUCCUUUCUUUCUCACAUCUCCUCUCUGUUCCUACUACCAGACAGACUGCACCAGCUUCCUGAAGCAUAUCACCAUCUCAGAAUCCACGCAGAAUUACGAUACCGCAGCUCCUGGCGAGCAAGACCAAGCACGUAGUAAAAGACGGAAGAAAGAGCUAUAGGAAAGCGAAAUACCGAACGCGUCAAGACAGGCAACAGAAGCAAGGAUGGCGUCAGGACAAACAUACUUCCCUCCCCCUCCUCCUGGCGGCGAGUCCACAGGUCAACAGCAGCAACACUUCGCUCCUCCUCCAUCGUCGAACGAGACACAUUACCCUCCACCACCCCAGCAACAGCAACAACACUUCGCCCCACCUCCGUCCUUCGCACCGCCACCUGCCGUAUCCCCAGUCUCUCCACAACCGCAACGAGAGAGUCCGCAGCUCACUCAAUCGAACGAAAAGUCCCUCCCAUACUACCCUGCACCCCCCUCCGAAUCCCAAAAAGAGCCCGAAGCACAAAUCGCCCCCCUCGCCAGCCCCCGCCAAACCUCCUUCAACCGCCAAUCCACCGUCCCCGGCGGCGCCCCUCCCCCCGGCCAAUUCCAAGGCGCAGCCGCCACAAUCGACGACGUCGGGACCUUCAACGGCGGCAGCUACCGCAUCUCCCACCGCGACACCAACACCAUCGUCACAAUCCAACUCGCCAUGGGCUGUCCCAUCCAAGUCAAACCCGGCGCAAUGAUCGCCAUGUCCCCCACCAUAACCGUAAAAGGAAAUGUCCAAUUCAGCAUGAAAAAACUCCUCGCCCGCGGGCAUAUGUCGCAUUCGACAUUUACUGGUCCCGGGGAAUUGUUGUUGGGUCCGGCGAGUUUGGGGGAUAUAACGAAUAUUAGGUUGAGUGGGAAUGGAGAGACGUGGAUGUUGGGGAAGGAUGCGUUUUUGGCUUGUACGCAGGGUGUGACGAAAGAUUACGUCUCGCAAGCGUUGAGUAAGGCUUUCUUUUCUGGUGAGGGAUUGUUUGUGUAUAAAAUGGGUGGAACGGGGAUUUGUUGGAUUGAGAGUAUGGGGGCUAUUAUACGGAAAGAUCUCCGCGAAGGCGAAAAAUACAUCAUCGACAACGGCCACCUCGUCGCAUGGAAUUGCAGCUACGUCAUGGAACGUGUCGCGAGCGGCGGAAUUAUCAGUAAUAUGAGUGCCGGCGAAGGUCUGGUCUGUAAAUUUUCGGGACCUGGAACAGUGUUCAUGCAAACGAGGAGUCCGACGGCUUUUGCGCAGUAUAUGGCUGCGCAUGGAGGGGCGGCGUAGAACAGGUCGAUGAGGGGAAGAUCGUAGAUGGGUGAGGCACGUCGAGGGAAGAAAGGACCGGAGAAGGUCUGGACACGGGAUAAGAUUGUUGUGAUAUUCGUUGAUUCGUGCUGGAUGGAAUGUGCAUGGCAGGCAAAGAGGCGUUUCGGAUGAGAUUAAUGUGAUACCAAGAAUAUGGCAAAUACCGUUGUUCAAAUCUGCCCCAAGAGCACUCAAAUACGCGCGGCAACUUUCGUUUUCGAAGCUGCAGGGGACAAUCCGAGACAAGUUUCGUCCUCAAUCGUACAAGGCGUCUGCCUGUAUUUAUCUGUAAAAAAGGAAAGCUGCCAAAGCAUUGCAGUUACCUACAAUCUAGCGAUUUAUUCCUCUUCCUCCAUCUCCUCCUCCAGCAUUGUCCCUACGUGUCUCCUCAUUGUGAACUCAUCAGUACAGGGUUUGCACAACCUGUACAUGCCACCACGGGGCUUGGUAUAAAAUUGGGAAUGCGGCUUGGACUUUCUGCACCUGGAGCAGCGGCGCAGUUGAUUCUG